GUUGUGAGGAUCUACUUCAUAAACCCUACUUUGCCGGUCCUUCCCCAAACCCCUUUGCGUCUGUCAGUGCGUGUGAAAGAAGACCCAUGGAGGAAGGCGGAGGACAAGCAGGUACAGCAAAACCAAACCCCAAAGUAUGCGAAGAGUGCAGAGAGAAAGCAUCCAAGUACAAAUGUCCAGGCUGCUCCGUACGCUCCUGCAGCCUUCCGUGCGUCAAAGUUCACAAGCUUCGCACUGGCUGUACGGGCAAGAGGCCCCAAACCAGCUUCGUCCCCCUCUCUCAGAUCGACGACAAUCAGCUCCUUUCAGAUUACAAUUUGCUUGAGGAAGUGAAGAGGGUUGCUGAGUCUGCUCAGAGAUUGAGAAAUAAGUUGUGCAGAUAUAAUAAUUUUAGGCUACCCUUUUACCUUAAAAGCCUUCGGAGUGCUGCUGCCAGUCGCAGGACAAAACUCUUAUUUCUACCAAGUGGAAUGUCAAAAAGGGAGAAAAAUCAAACUCGAUAUGAUCAAAGGAAGAAAUGCAUCUCCUGGACAAUUGAAUGGCGAUUUCAUUCAACGGAUGUUGUUUUAAUUGACCAUGAAGUAAAUGAAAACAUGAACCUAUGCUCUGUUAUGGAGAACCAUCUAAAACCUGGGCCAUGGAAUCAUCACCUAAAGCUAUUCUGUGAGGAACAGCUUGACUCUCUCAAGCUUUUUGUUCGUAAAUAUCCGAAGGGGGCUAGGUCACCUUUCUGUGAGUUGGAUAUAAGAGUUCCGAUAAGGCAGCAGUUAGCAAACUUAGUUAUUUUGGAAUACCCUGUCAUUUAUGUUUUUCUCCCUUCGCACAGUCUUGAUUUUGAAGUAGUUAAAAAUUCCCCUCCUACUUUCGGCAAACCACAGCUUAAGAUUUAUGGAAGAAAUGAUUUAAGCGCAGGAGGUGUUCCCUUUAAGGAGGAGGAAAUAGAAGAAGACAAUAGCUAUCCUAAGGUCUUUGAUCUCAUGAAACAUGUGACUUCAAGUUCCCCACCUGUUAUCUCUAAUAAAAGGAGGUGCGAGAAACCACUCGAUGAUUCAUUUGCUAGGCCUUUGUCUGUAACUGUGGAAACUGGCAACGAUUCACAUUCCAGCUCCGAUGCUAAGAAGCAAGUGUUUUUUGAAGACAUGGACUUUGAUUUUGAUCAAGGCUUAAUAGAUGAGUACUCAGAUCUUAUGGCAGAAAUUAAUCCUGAUGAUUUUCUUGAUUUGGAAGGCGAAUUUACCAAGGAAGGAGUAGCAGAAAGAAAUCUUUCGAGUGUCAGGAAGUUCUUAUUAGCAGAUGACGACGUAGAGGAGGGAGAAAUUUUAGAAUAAUUGGACUUCAUAGGAUUCCCCAAAAAAGGAAUUAGAAGAGGGAACUUUCAGAGGAGCACCACUAAGAGUUCUGCUGCUGACUGCAUUUUAGUUUCUGGGUGAUAUCCAACUCUGCGGUUCUAGUUAUUCUUUGUCUUAAGUAGCUAGUAACAACUGGCUAGAGCCGUUUGAUUGCUUGAUUUGAGAUCUUAAGAGGUUUUCGUGUGUACCUAGUUUUUUUCCAUCUACCGCAUGCCAAGUCGUUACUCUGGGGAUGCUUUACUGGCAAUACAAUUACAAUCACGGUCCAAAUAGGACUGGGGUCCAGUUUCUUCAGCUUGGCGCAAUUAAGAAGUUGGAUAUCCUUGCACCGGUUUAUUCAUACAAAUCCAAUGCGCCUGGCAAUUUGUCAGUAUGGCUCCGAUAUACACUGAUUUGAGGACAUUUGUUGCAAUGUCCUUUCUUUCCCCAAUUUACUUGGAGCAAAAGCUAUUGUAAAAUUAUAUUUUUUUGACAAAAUAUUAUUGCCUUGUAGUAGUA